GAAGGCCUCGGAUACAUGCCAACAAAACUACACCUCUUUUUCCUUGUGUUCCUUGCCCAAUUUUAUUUUCGUUAAACCCAUGACCUAGAUCCUCUUUCACUCUGGACAUUGCUCUCUCUGUCGCUUUCUCCCUCGCCAUGAUCGUCUGAAGAACUCCAGCGGUCCCAUCGAUUCCAGUCUUUUAGGGUUUUGGUUGGAGUUCUUUGCAAAUCGCUCGGUUGAAGAUUGUACGGGUUUUCUGCAACUUGUGCUGUUUAUUUUUGUUGCUCGAUUUGGUUUCACAUUUCUUUCCAUACGAACUUCGAGGAGUAUUUUCGGCUCGCAAACAAAUCAGGAAGCUUGUGAAUUAUCAUAAUAGAAGCCAGUACUGCUGUAAUGGGUUCUAUUCAACAGCCCAUUUGGACAAAGGGAUCAACUUUCUCUCUGAAAGGGUCUGGUUUCAAUGGUUUCCCUCAUCAGGUUAAACUCAAUUUGGUUAAACCUUGUAGAUCUUCUCAACUUGAAGGGAACUUGGUCACUGGGAAGUCACCCUCUUCUGUGUCUAUCCCUGCAACUAAAAUUGGAGGUAACGGGAGCUGCUUUAUAGACCAUGGCCUUAGUGAAGCUGAUCCUGAAGUUCGCACAAUUAUUGACAAAGAAAAGCAAAGGCAAUUAAGAAGUUUGGAGCUUAUUGCUUCAGAGAAUUUCACGUCCCGGGCAGUGAUGGAAGCAGUUGGUUCUUGUCUUACAAACAAGUACUCUGAAGGACUACCAGGCAAAAGGUACUAUGGUGGCAAUGAGUACAUUGAUGAACUAGAAACUCUAUGUCAAGAAAGGGCUUUGGCAGCAUUUCACUUAGAUGGAAAGAAGUGGGGUGUGAAUGUUCAACCAUUGUCUGGUUCUCCAGCUAAUUUUGAGGUUUAUACUGCACUUCUUAACCCACAUGACCGUAUAAUGGGUUUGGACUUACCUCAUGGGGGACACUUGUCUCAUGGUUUCAUGACUCCUAAAAGACGGGUUUCAGGAACAUCCAUUUAUUUUGAAUCUAUGCCUUAUCGACUUGAUGAAUCUACAGGCAUUGUUGAUUAUGAUAUGCUUGAGAAAACAGCUACUCUUUUUCGGCCGAAACUUAUUAUUGCUGGUGCUAGUGCUUAUCCUCGAGAUUUUGACUAUCCUCGUAUGAGAAAGAUUGCAGAUGCUGUUGGUGCUUUUCUUAUGAUGGAUAUGGCUCACAUAAGUGGACUUGUUGCUGCUUCUGUGGUUGCUGACCCUUUUGAGUACUGUGAUGUUGUAACAACAACAACACACAAGUCACUGAGAGGACCUAGAGGUGGCAUGAUCUUCUUCAAGAGGGAGACUGUUCAUGGCGUUGAUCUAGAAUCUGCCAUCAACAAUGCUGUUUUCCCCGGGUUGCAGGGUGGUCCUCAUAACCACACAAUUGGGGGGCUUGCAGUCUGCCUGAACCAUGCUCAAUCCCCAGAGUUUAGGGCUUAUCAGAAUGAGGUGGUUUCUAAUUGUAGAGCUCUUGCAAGCCGCUUAAUUGAAUUGGGAUACAAACUGGUUUCUGGAGGGAGUGAUAACCACUUGGUUCUUGUGGAUCUCAGACCAUUAGGUCUUGAUGGGGCUCGGGUGGAAAAAGUUCUUGAUAUAGCAUCCAUCACCCUUAACAAGAAUUCAGUGCCUGGUGAUAAAAGUGCACUAGUGCCAGGCGGUAUACGCAUUGGAUCACCUGCUAUGACUACCAGAGGUUUCAAAGAGAAGGAAUUCAUAGUCACAGCAGAUUUUAUUCACGAGGGUGUACAGAUAAGUCUGGAAGCGAAAAGGUCUGUUCCAGGUUCAAAGCUCCAAGAUUUCAUGAAGUUUGUCGGGUCUCCAGACUUCCCUUUAAUGCAUCGAGUGUCAGAUCUGAGACGAAGAGUUGAGGAGUUGUCAACCCAAUUCCCAAUGCCUGGAUUAUGAGAGAUGUUUGACUAUGCUGCACAAUGCUGGGCAGCACAAUUUGUAAAGACUAAAUUAUCUAAACUGGGCAGCACUAUGCUGCACAAAUUUGGAAUGUCAGGAUAACAAUGACAGUAUUUUAUUUUUAUUUUUUUUGAACUCAAUAACAAUGAUGGUAUGCUAUCUUAUGAAUGCUUGCUUACAUGUGUUCCACUUUGUUCAGAAGGAAUUGAUCGUAGAUAUGAUGUAAAAACAAAUCUUGUUGAAUCUUUGAUCGGAGAUUUUUCUAGGGAAAAUACAUUUCGGAGUUUGAAGAGAGAA